AUGUUCAGGACCACAUUCACCAACAACGUGGCGGAUCCAAUACCACAAGAUGUCUACCCAGAUACCGUGACAAAACUCCUCCACAAUCACGAAUUCCUGAUAACCAUGUCACCGAUCGUGACCCGCCAUGAAGAGCGUGAUCGCGACGAAGAAACUGGCAAAAUAAGCUACGAAGUCUACGAGAAACUGGACCUUCUACCCUUCGGCCUAUGGAAGUAUGAAAUACGCUUCACCUGUGCCUUCCAGAACAGGCCAGAUGGAGUAGUGUCAUACAUCCAAGCACCAAUGGGUUUUAAUUCCAGAGCGGAGUACACGAUCCGGACAGCUCGACAUGACGACGGCGAGGCUAUAUUGAAUGCGUAUGAGAAUGUUGGAUUUGGCGGGACUACUGGCGGUACUGCCAUGGUGUUGGAUGAGGUGAUUGAAAGUACUUGCUCUGUCCUAUUCAAGCCUUUCGUGGAAAUGACUAUGGUGCCUGUAAGGAGGAAGAUGCAUGCACAGAUUAUUGCCAAGGCACGAGAGAUGGAUCGAGGUGUUGAGAGCUGA